AUGACAGAAUUCCCAUCACCUCAAAGAAGAGCUGCACAAAUCUUAUGUUCCAUAGCUUGGUGUUUAGUAGCUGCUGGUCCAGUAUUUGGGUUUGCUGCUUUAAAACCAAUAUUAAUCGAUCAAGGUGUUUAUCAUAAGAAAUGUGAAUAUUCUAUCAAUGAAGGUAAACUUUGUGUUGAACAAGAUUUAUCAUUGAACCUUCUUUUCACUGUUGCUUGUAUGGUUACCAAUAUUUGUGCUUUACCUGUGGGAUCAAUUUUAGAUAGUUAUGGACCUAAAGUUACAGGAAUUAUUGGAAGUUUUGUAAUUUUCAUUGGAUCCUUUUUCCUUAAGUUUGGUAAUAAGAUUUCUUUCAUUGAUUGUUAUUUAACUGGUUAUACAUUACUUGCAUUAGGUGGACCUUUUGUAUUCAUUUCUUGUUUCCAAUUAGCUAAUUCUUUCCCUAAGAAUUCAGGUUUGAUCUUAGCUUUAUUGACUGGAGCUUUUGAUUCUUCAUCAGCUUUAUUUUUAAUUUACAGAUUAAUCUAUUCUAAUUGGAAGAAGAUUGGGUUAGAUGUUUUCUUUAGUUAUUAUUUGGUAGUUCCAUUAUUCAUCUUUGUAUGUCAAGUGUUUAUAAUGCCAGAAACUUCAUAUAAAACCAUUGGAACUUUAGCUAAAAUAGCUGAAACUGCCAUUGAUGAAACCGGUAAGCCUUUAAAUACCGAUCUUUUAUACCCUGAAGAUCGUAAUAGUGUUGAAGAAGUUGUUGUAGCUCAACCAACAAUCUCUGAAACCACCCAAUUACUUAUGAGAAGAGCUUCAACUGCUAGAAGAGAAAGUACUAUUUCCAGAUCAAGUUUUGCUUCUAGAACUUCAGUUAAAUCCGUUUAUGAACAAGAAGCCGAAGAUAAAUUAAUCAAUUCUACUGGUGGUGUGUUUGGUAUAAUGCAUGGUUAUACAAUCACUGAACAAUUGAAAUCUUCAUGGUUUAUUUUAGUGGCACUUUUCACUACCAUUCAAAUGUUAAGAAUCAACUAUUUUGUUGCUACCGUCAAAUCUCAAGAAUUAUAUUUAUACGGCAGUGAAGAAGUUGCUACUACCAUUAAUCAUUUCUUCGAUAUAGCUUUACCAGUAGGUGGAUUAUUAUCUAUUCCAUUUAUUGGGAUGAUCUUAGAUAAUCUCACCACCUUGACGGUUUUGAUAAUCUUAUGUUCAGUAUCUUUGACUAUUGGAGUCAUGGGACUUUUAUCAUGGUUACCUGGAACUUAUUUGGGUAUUAUGUUACUUGUGUUAUACAGACCUUUCUAUUAUACGGCAGUUUCCGAUUUCUGUGCCAAAGUGUUUGGGUUUGAAACUUUUGGAACUGUUUAUGGGUCAAUUAUUUGUUUUUCUGGAAUCUGUAAUAUUUUACAACAAGUUUUGGAUAAAUUAACUCAUGAAAUGUUCAAUAUGAACCCAACCCCAGUCAAUGCUACAUUGACGAUUUUAACCGGGGUGUUUGGAGUGAUUUUGAUUGAAUAUGUGAGAAAACAAGAGCUUUCUUUAAAAAGAAAGAAUUUAGAGAUGGAAGCACAAGAAGCUUCUAUGAGGAACAUUCCUAAUUAG